AUGUCAGAAUCUAAAGACUUUUAAAAAGAGAAUUAAUUGAUUAAACAAUAAUUGCUACAAUAUUGGCUUAAAAUUUCAAAAACUCUUGAUGAAGAAUAUGAAGAAAUUCUUUAAUUAGGAUCUGAUUCUGAUCCUAAUGAUAUUAUUAAUGCAUUAUUUAUAAUUGAAGAUGCUAGAUAAGAAUAAUAAAAGGUAUAAUUAUUAAUAUUGAUUUAGUCAGAUAAAUAAUAAUUAGAGUCAUUGAAAAAUCAAAUUGAAUCAUAAAAAUAACAAAUUAUUACUUUAUAAUAAUAAAAUGAGAAAUUACCAUAAUCUGAUACUAAACCAGAAUUCAAUUAAGAAAUAAGAUAAUUAGAAAUAAAAAUAAAUGAAUUAUUAUUAGCACUUGUAAAAAGUAAAGAAGAGAAAAUUAUAUACAUGGAAUAAGCUCAAAAAUAGAUAUAACUUCUAAAAGAAUAAGAAUUAGAAUUAAAAAGCAAAUUAUAAAUACUUUAAUUUGAAAAGUCAAAGAAAUCAUCAUUUGCUGAAACAGAAGAUAAUAUAAGAAAAAGUUCUAAAGAUUAUAUUGAAGAGGAUAUCUCACGAUAAUCUGUAUCUCCUUAGACAUAAAAAAUUAAAUUAGAUUAUUCUAAAUUAAGUAUAAGCUAAAGUUUGAAAAAACUAACAAAGAUAGAUUAAGUUUAAGGAGCAUCAUAAACAUCAUUCAGAUUUGGCAAUAAAUGA